AUAUGGAACGACAUUCCGAAUUAACGUUUGAUAACAUAAUUAAAAACAAAUUAAAUCCCAAAGUGUUGAAGGAAUUUAAUAAAAUAUAUUACGGCCGUGAGGACCACUGUGAGUUGAAAGUCAAAGAGUCAUCGUUGAUAUCAAGCGAAGAAAAUAACUUCGAAUUAGCUUCGUAUUACUUUUCCGCUGCCCGAGAAUCUAGACCGCCAAGACUAGUUAAGAUCGGACUCAUACAACAUUCUGUUCUAUUACCGACAUGCGAAUCGAUCCGUGAACAAAGAGAAGCGAUACUUACUAAAAUUGAAAAAAUCAUAAAUACGGCUGCAUCGGAGGGCGUUCAAAUAAUAUGCUUGGAAGAAACAUGGUCGAUGCCAUUCUUUCUAUGCACGAGAGAAAAGGAAAAGUGGGAUGAAUUUGCCGAAUCAGCCACAGAAGGUCGCAGUGUAAUUUUUUUAAAGGAUUUAGCAAGAAAAUAUGGAUUGGUAAUUGUGUCUCCUAUAUUAGAAAAAGACGAUGACGGAACAUGGUGGAACACGGCUGUGGUGAUCGAUGAGGAAGGCAACGUUAUGGGUAAACAUCGAAAGAAUCAUCUACCAAGCGUGGGCAGUUUUAGUGAAACGCCAUAUUACGCCCCGGGUAACAUGGGCCACCCAGUGUUCGAUACAAAAUACGCCAAAAUUGCGAUAAACAUUUGCUACGGGCGGCAUCAAGCGCUCAAUUGGUUGAUGUUAGGUUUGAAUGGAGCUGAAAUCGUGUUCAAUCCUUCGGCCACUGUAGCCGAAUUCGGGGAAUCAUUCUGGAAUAUCGAGGCUCGAAACGCAGCCAUCGCGAACGGAUACUUUACUUGCAGCAUCAAUAGAGUUGGCACGGAAACAUUUAAUUCGACCUCAGGUGGUACUAUCGAGAGAACUUAUUAUGGAUCCAGUUAUGUUACAGCGCCUAACGGAUGUAGAACUCCGGCAUUAUCGAGAUUAAGGGAUGGACUUAUGAUCGUGGAAAUAGACUUGAAUUUGAACAGACAAGUAAGGGAUCAAUGGGGCUUCAACAUGACGUCAAGGCCCUUGCCAAUGUCAUCACCCCGCAGCCCAAUGGUGAAAUGGAAAGUCCCAGUUUAAAACUUGAAUAGAGAAUUUCAG